AUGGCGAAAAGUACCAGUCGCUUACAAGUGCCUAUCGCGUGUGAAGAUGGGAAAAUCCACAGCCAAAACAGUCGAAAGCGAAGCCGUUCUCAAAGCGACCAGGAUGAUUCACCUGUGCAGAAGAGAAAGAGACCCGACGCCAUUCCCGAGCCAAGCAAAUGUCCACUCAGGCUGUCCAAUCUCCAUUCGGAACAUGAAAUUAAAACUGCCCUAGACAGAGUGUCGGAAAAUCCAGACCUGAUCAGUGACGGCAGCGUGGCCUACUGUCUGCCAACUGUUCCAGGCAAGCAUCAAGAUCUCAAGUCCAUCACGCCGGAAACUUUGGCGCGGCUUCAAAAGCACGAGUUUGAUGACAUAGUAGACGAAUUCCUCAUUGUGGACUGCAGAUAUCCCUAUGAGUUUCAAGGCGGCCACAUCAAAGGAGCUGUCAACUAUUACACCAAGGACAGUAUUGUGGAAAACCUUAUUUCCAAACCAGUCAUUACCAGGAGUAGUGCAACGAAAAGAAGCAUUCUAAUAUUUCACUGUGAAUUUUCAUCCCAAAGAGGUCCAAAAAUGUCUCGAUUUUUAAGGAGCCAAGACAGACAGAUGAACAAGGAUCGAUAUCCGCAGCUGUGUUAUCCUGAGAUUUACUUACUUCACGGCGGAUACAAAAACUUCUUUGAGAAAGAAAAGGAGCUCUGCACGCCACAGACCUAUCUGCCGAUGCACCAUGAAGAUUUCAAGAAGGACAUGCGAACAUUUCGUUGCCAGUCUAAGAGCUGGGCUGGGGAAAAGAAGAGUCGUUCUGCGUUGAGAUUAUUCCUUUAG